CUUUUUUCUCUCUUACAUAAACAACUUUCUCUAUCUCUCUUUCUCUCUCUUUUUUUUCAUAAUUGACACUAUUCUACUAUUAUAAUGUCACUUCAUCAUUUAAAAACGUUAUGUGAAAACCUACAAUCAAGUCCCAUUCUCAACACAGUAUCUCCAGCUUCACAUCCAAGACGAGCUGGUGUUGCAGCAAUAUUACGAUGGAAAAUUCAUAAUGAACAAUCAACAAAACUACUUGAUACCAUGUCUUUUCGUCGUCCAACAACAACAACGCAUUCUACACCCUUGACUCAAUUUAUAGAUCAAAUGACAUUAAUUCCUGGUGAAUUAGAACUCUUAUAUAUUCAACGUACAAAACGACCGGGUGAUUUAUGGUCUGGACAGGUAGCUUUCCCUGGUGGAAAGAGUGAAGAAAAUGAAACAGAUAUUGAUACAGCAAUGCGUGAAGUAGAAGAAGAAAUUGGUCUUGACUUGAGUGGACCUGACUUUCUCCAUUUGGGCAAAUUGGAUGACAAAACAAUUACAUCAUUGGAAAAUAAAUUUAUGAUGAUUUUGGUUCCUUUUGUCUUCUUACAACUGACACCAGAAACUCCUCCAUUGACAAUCCAACCAGAUGAAGUAGCUGCCGUUCAUUGGAUAAAAUUACAUUAUCUUUUAUCAACACCCGUCGUUGGUUAUGAUCCAUUCAGUACACAUAUUCCAGACACACAAAGACUCCUACAAAAUCCAAGACCAGGGAUUGUACAAGUACCAUCGAUUACUUUACCAGUUAAUACUGAUUCAACAACGACUAUUCACUCUCAUCGACAGAAAGAACAUCAUGAUGAUGGACCUGUGGUUCUCUGGGGUUUGACAUUACGUAUGACACAACAAUUGAUGGAAUUUGCUGCCAAUGAAAAACAAACGGAUGCCAUGGUGAUUACAUACAAUAACAAUAAUAAUGAUAAUGAUAACGGUAGAUACUAUCGUCGCAAUAAUCCAAUUGGGAAAUCAAGGUUGUAACUUUUUAUGGAUGGAAUAAUAGAAUAGUGUAACAUCAGAUGACAGUGUACAUGUUUAGAUGAUCCCGUCUCCUUAUUUUUUUUUUAAAAAAAAAAGAAAAGAAACUGAUUUUUUUUUUUUU